AUGAAACUCGUCUUCAAGAAUAUUGAUAAAGAUGGCAGCGGAUGCAUUGCUGUCAUUCCGGAAGAGCCGGAGGAUAUGUGGCAUGCAUAUAAUCUGAUUGCUGAGGGAGACUCAGUCACUGCCUCUACUGUAAGGAAAGUUCAAAUUGAAUCUUCUACUGGAUCUUCAACAAGUAACAGAGUUAGGACCACAUUAACAAUAAGGGUAGAAACCAUCGAUUUUGACACACAAGCAUGUGUUCUACGACUUAAAGGCCGUAACAUUGUAGAAAACCAAUAUGUUAAGAUGGGGGCAUAUCACACAUUAGAUUUAGAACUAAAUAGAAAAUUUAUUGUACAAAAAGCAUUAUGGGAUUCGGUUGCAUUAGAAAGGGUGGAUAUGGCAUGCGAUCCUGCAGCAUCAGCUGAUGUCGCAGCUGUUGUCAUGCAAGAAGGCUUAGCUCAUGUCUGUCUUAUUACACCUUCAAUGACACUAGUAAGGUCAAAGAUAGAUGUUACUAUACCAAGAAAGCGCAAAGGGUUCGUGCAGCAACAUGAAAAGGGCCUGAAUAAGUUUUAUGAAGCUGUGAUGCAAGGCAUUCUUAGGCACAUAGAUUUUAACGUAGUUAAGUGUGUUAUCAUAGCAUCUCCAGGUUUUGUCAAAGAUCAAUUCUUUGAUUAUAUGAUGCAGCAAGCUAUCAAAACAGACAAUAAGUUACUUACUGAUAACAAGUCUAAAUUUUUGCUCGUCAAAGCUUCAUCUGGCUUUAAGCAUUCUUUAAAAGAAGUACUUCAAGAACCAGCAGUUAUGGCCAAAAUAUCAGAUACAAAAGCUGCAAGUGAGGUAAAGUUGUUGGAAAGUUUUUACACUAUGCUACAAUUGGAACCAGCUAAGGCCUUUUAUGGGAAGAAGCAUGUUGAGAGAGCCAAUGAAGCUAUGGCUAUUGAAACUCUUAUGAUAUCUGAUAAAUUAUUUAGGUGUCAAGAUAUUCAGAAGAGAAAAGAAUAUGUGUCUCUGGUUGACUCGGCAAGAGAUAAUGGUGGUGAUGUAAGGAUUUUUUCAAGCAUGCAUGUGUCUGGAGAACAGUUGGACCAGCUAACUGGUAUAGCAGCCAUUUUACGUUUUCCAAUGCCAGAGCUUGAGGACAGCGAUGAUGGAGAGGGAAGCGACUCUGAUUCUGAU